GCAAUGGACCUAAGCAGCCCAGCGACGCUGGAUUCCAUCUCAAAAAGCAUAAUACGGCCUUCCGCCCCACGCGAGCUGAAGAAAUUGUAUAAGGGUGAACCGAUGGCCCUGGGGAUCACGCAGAUCCUGAUCGGAAUCCUGGAAUUCGCUUUUGGGCUUGUGAGAGUCAUGGCAGCAUAUAGUAAUCUAUACUAUCACUAUGCCAGUCAUUUUGAAACUCCAUAUUGGACGGGAAUCCUGUACAUCAUCUCUGGAUCCCUGUCUGUGGCGGUUGCCAAGAACCCCAAGAUACCACUGGUGAAAGGCAUGCUGGCAAUGAAUGUUGUGAGUUCCGUGGCAGCUGGCAUUGGGAUCAUCUUUCUCUCUUCUUCAGUAGCAGAUUCAAUAUACUACUACCAUAUGUGCAAUUCAUACCAUACCAGCAGCAUACCCCCUGAUAUUUGCCAUGAAUACAUUGACAUCCCUGGGCAUCAAAUUCACGCCAUAAGUGCAGUUCUCCUGGCCUUCACUGUCCUGGAGUUCCUCAUCGCCAUCACCACGGCUGCCUUUGGGUGUGGCAGCCUGUGCCGGAACAGCUUCAGCGAAACGACAAUUGUGAUUUUCCAGAACGCAGACCAGGGGGCCCCCCCGGCUGUCUUGACACCUGUCAAGGAGGAUGAGGCGCCCUGA